AUGUGUUACAAAAGUGAUUGGGGAACAGUCGCCCUGGAUUUGGAAACGUUGAGGAGUAGUCUGGAGGAGACGAUUCUGGAAUAUCGCCACGUGCCUCUUGAGCGAAAGCCAUGGCUGCCUCGAGUGCCUCACAGUGUCAAGGUUCGGGAUGCCGUUGGGGCCAUUAACCACAUGCUUCCCUCAUUCUUAAAGGAAAGCGCAGGCCUUUGGGACACAGACUCAAUUCUCUUCGCUGCCGCAAUGACUGUGUGUCAAUUUGUCGGCGUCAGGAUAACGCCAACAAGACCCGGCGGUAACCACCAGGUUGGCAGUACUACUCCUAGGACUAGUACUAAGCCAGCCUGGAUGAGGCGAAUUGAGGGUCGUAUAGCAUGGGCCAGGGUCCUCAUCGGCAAACUGACUAGCUUCAUAUCAGGCGUCACAAGGCCGAGAGUGGUGCGCUUUGUCCGAGAAGCAUUACCCGGUGAGAACAUUUUUGUAGACUCACCGGAGUUUGCACGAAAACUGACAGGGCGCAUCGACGAUCUGAAGCAGAAGAUAGCUGCUUGGGGCAAGCGGAUUCGGCGAUAUUCCGAAAGGGUGAAGAGGUAUCGGCAGAAUCGUCUCUUCGUGAGUGAUCAAAAGAAGUUUUAUAGGACACUGGAGCGUCCUGAUGUGUUCUUGACGGGUGAGCGUCCGGACAAAGCAGAUGUGGUCGCCUUUUGGCGAAGGCUUUGGUCGCAGCCCGUCGAUCACGAAGAGGGUCCAUGGUUCGAAGCGGUCGAGGGAGCGUGUGCAACCAUAGCGCCUAUGAAUCCCAUCAGCAUAUCCGAAGAGGAUGUAGCGGUAGCGGUCCGUAAGGCUCCGAACUGGAAAAGUCCGGGACCGGACGGACUGCAUCAUUAUUGGUUGAAGGGGUUCUGGUGCUGCCACGCUACUCUCGCUCGUCAGUUCCAAAGUGCCCUUGAGAGUGGGACGCUCCCAAACUUCUUGACUACUGGGGUCACUCAUUUAGCUCCAAACAGCAAUGCUACCGUGGAUCCAUCACGAUAUCGCCCCAUAACUUGUCUUUGUACAAUAUACAAGACUUUAACAUCUGUUUUGAGGUCCAAGAUAAGUCAGCACAUUGUUGAUAACAGAUAA